UAUUCAAAUCAACGGCGGGGUCGACGGUUGUGGGGAUCUGUGUCACCGCCCGGGGAUCGGGGUCUGAGGGUCGCCUUUCGCUUCCAUGCCGGGCACCGGGCGCUGAGGGACCCUUGGGCCUGGUGGGCGGAAUGGAGAAUCGGGAUGUGCCUCCAGGCCCUUAUCGGGCCACUAAGCUGUGGAAUGAAAUUACCACAUCUUUUCGAGUGGGAAUGCCCCUAAGAAAACAUAGGCAACACUUCAAAAAAUAUGGCAACUGUUUUACAGCAGGAGAAGCAGUGGACUGGCUUUAUGACCUAUUAAGAACUAAUAGCAAUUUUGGUCCUGAAGUUACAAGGCAACAGACUAUCCAGCUAUUGAGAAAAUUUCUUAAGAAUCAUGUAAUUGAAGAUAUCAAAGGCAAAUGGGGGACAGAAAAUCUUGAUGACAACAGUCAGCUAUUCAGAUUUCCUACAAGUUCUCCACUUAAAACUCUUCCACGAAGGCAUCCAGAAUUGAGAAAAAACAACAUAGAGAAUUUUUCCAAAGAUAAAGAUAAUAUUUUUAAAUUGCGAAACUUAUCUCGAAGAACCCCUAAAACACAUGGACUACAUUUCUCUCAGGAAAAUUCAGAGAAAAUGAACUGUGAAAUAAUCGAGGAAGAUCAAGAAAAUUUAGCUGAAAACAGAGAAAUAAGCCAGAAAGAUGUUGAAGAAGUUUGGAGAUAUGUUAUUCUGAUCUACCUGCAAACCGUUCUAGGUGUAUCCUCCCUAGAAGAAGUCAUAAAUCCAAAACAAGUAAUUCCUCAGUAUAUAAUGUACAACAUGACCAAUACAAGUAAACACGGAGUAGUUAUACUGCAAGACAAAUCAGAUGAUCUUCCUCACUGGGUACUAUCUGCCAUGAAGUGCCUAGCAAAUUGGCCAAGAAGUAAUGAUGUGAAUAAUCCAACUUAUACUGGAUUUGAGCGAGAUGUAUUCAGAACAAUUGCAGAUUAUUUUCUAGAUCUCCCAGAACCUCUACUUACCUUUGAAUAUUAUGAAUUAUUUGUGAACAUUUUGGUUGUUUGUGGCUACGUCACAGUUUCAGAUAGACCCAGAGGGAUACAUAAAAUCCAAGAUGAUCCACAGUCUUCAAAAAUUCUUCAUUUAAACAAUCUGAAUUCCUUCAAAUCAACUGAGUGUCUUCUUCUCAGUCUUCUUCAUAAAGACAAAACAAAAGAAGAAUCAGAUACUACUGAGAGACUCCAGAUAAGUGAUCAAGGAUUUCAAGAAAAAUAUGCUAAGAAAAUGCAGCUAGUUAAUUUUAAAAACAGAAGAGCCAGUGCUAAUGACAUAAUAGGAGGAAGUUGCCAUAAUUUAAUAGGCUUAAGUAGAAUGCAUGUUCUAUCCUCUAACAUCAAACCAAGGUGCUAUUCAUUAGAAGGAAUUGUAGAUUUACCAGGGAGUUCAAGUAAAGAGGUCUCCAGUGUCUUCCAUCAAUCUGUUCUGAACAUAGAAGGACAAAAUAAUAUGCAAUCUUUAGAGUCUGAGACCAAACAGGAAUCCCUGAUGAAUCUUCAUUCAGAGGAAAGUAUUCAAAAGCCAUUCUCUGUUGGUUAUAAGAGAACCUCUACUUUGACCAUUCAAGACCAAGAGGAGUUAUAUAAUGGAAAGUGCAAACCGAAACAGCUUUGUAGAUCUCAGAGUUUACUUUUAAGAAGUAGUACAAGAAGGAAUAGUUAUAUUAAUAUGCCAGUGGCUGAAAUUAUCGUGAAACCAAAUCUUGAACAAGGCAGCACCAGUGUGCAAACAGCUAUGGAAGGUGAACUCGGAGAGUCUAGUACCACAAUCAAUAAAAGACUCUGCAAAAGCACAAUAGAACUUUCAGAAAACUCUUUACCUCCAGCUUCUUCUAUGUUGACUGGCACACAAAGUUUGCUGCAGCCUCAUUUAGAGAGGGUUGCCAUCGAUGCACUGCAGUUAUGUUGUUUGUUACUUCCCCCACCAAAUCGUAGAAAGCUUCAACUUUUAAUGCGCAUGAUUUCUCGAAUGAGUCAAAAUGUUGAUAUGCCCCAACUUCAUGAUGCAAUGGGUACAAGAUCACUGAUGAUACACACUUUUUCUCGGAGUGUGUUACGCUGUGCUGAAGAAGUAGAUCUUGAUGAGCUUCUUGCUGCAAGAUUAGUAUCUUUCUUGAUGGACCAUCAACAGGAAAUUCUUCAAGUGCCUUCUUACCUACUGGCUGCAGUAGAGAAACAUCUUGACUACUUAAGAAAGGGCCAUGUAUGUAUUAUUAAAAAUCCUGGGGAUGGAGUGAUUGCGCCUUUGCCAACAUAUUCAUACUGUAAGCAGAUCAGUGCUCAGGAGUUUGAUGAACAGAAAGUUUCUACCUCUCAAGCUGCAAUUGCAGAACUUUUAGAGAAUAUUAUUAAAAAUAAGAGUUUGCCUCUAAAGGAGAAAAGGAGAAAAAUAAAACAGUUUCAGAAGGAAUAUCCCUUAAUAUAUCAGAAAAGAUUUCCAACCUCUGAAAGUGAAGCAGCACUUUUUGGUGACAAACCUACAAUCAAGCAACCAAUGCUAUUUUUAAGAAAACCAAAGUUUCAUAGUUUAAGAUACUAAUUGAAUUGAAAAUUAUGUACUACUUCUAGAAGUUUGGUAAGUGAAGCCAUAUGUAAGAAUUCAGGUACUAUAAAAGAAGUCUAUUUAUUAAUACGGUUUUUUUUUUUUCAAUAAAACAUUAUUAUAUAAGGAGGUGCCAAAUAGUUUUUAUCAUUGUGAAGCUGCUAAGAAACUAGUAGACCUUAACUGAGAGCAAAUAACAGUAGAUGAUACCAGGUAUUUUAACCAGAAAUGAUCUUUUGUUUUUUAUACAGCUAUCUGGAAAAGUUAUCAUGAUGUGUGCUAAAACUGUAUUUACUUGAAUUUUGAAAACUGACAUUUGCUCUCAAGAUUAAGCUGUAAUUCUGUUUAAAAAAAAAAACUUAUCUGCACAUGCUUAUUGAUGUUACUUAAAGAACUAGAUGUUUUAGUUGUUUAUAAUUACUUUUGUUUCUAAGUGUAAGAAUGUGAAGAAUAUUUGGAAACUUGAUGAAUUAAUUUUCAUCUACUAAAUAUUGCACUCUUAUAUAUUCUUUUUCUACUUUUGAUCUAUUUAUGCAUCUAUGUGUUUUUUAUAUAUAAGGCUUUGGUUUGCCUUUAAUGUUUACCCCAACUGCUUCAGUCAUUCAUUUUUUUCCAGUAAAUAUCUUUUGCAUUCUAAUUGUCAUGAAUCUACAAAAAGGUAGAAAUAUGAAAGAAGUAGAAGGCAGUCAUAUGUUCAUGUGAAAGAUAUUUAUUUAGCAACUGCUAUAUGCCUUUCUUUUUUUUUUUCUUUUUUUUUAAUUUUAUUUUAUUUUUUAAACUUUACAUAAUUGUAUUAGUUUUGCCAAAAAUCAAAAUGAAUCCGCCACAGGUAUGCUAUAUGCCUUUCAUUCUUCAAGAUGUGAGGAGAAAAUGAGGAAUAAAACAGAAAACCUUUUCCCCUAAAAUAUUUUCUAAUCAAGGAAAAUAUACCUAUUAUAUACUUAAAAUAACAGUACACUCCCUGAAAUCAAGUCAUGAGGAUUCAUUCCUACUGAAGACUAGCCUUUUUAAUGAUGAAACAGUUCUCUAAGCUAGUGUUUUUUAAAUUGGUGCAUAUUAGAAGCACCAGGAGAGUUUUAAAAUAAAAAAUGCUCAGGCCCUACCUUAUAUUGAUUAAAUCAAAAUUUUAACGAAUAGCAUAUAGGCCUCAGUAUUUUUUAAUCUCUCCAGGUGAAUCCAAUAUUCAGCCAACUUUGAGAAUCAGUGCCCUAAAUACUUUGUAUAAAUAAAAUGUCAAACUGGUAUCAUAUUGGCUUUAUUAUUUCACGGAAGAAAAUCCCAAGUGUAAGUUCCUGUCCUCUUAAUAGAAGAUUCUCCAAAUUUCUACUUGACUAACAGUACAAACUUGAAGCAAUUUUUCUUCCAAAUUUUUCUGAAGAUUAUUUAAUAUCUAUUUGGUAAGUGUAAAGAUAUACAUACUGAAUGGGAUGUAAUAGACACUUAUUGUUCAAUGAUUGUUUUGAUUUCUCAGUGUAAUGUCAUACAGUAAAAUGACAAUGUUCCAUUCGAGAUUAAUAUUUUUAUUAAAAAUAGGAACAGAAAAUAAUAUAUCUUUUGCCCAGAAACCUUAGCUAGAAGUAUUGAACCAAAUUAGAAUUCUUCCCAAGGUGUUUGUAGACUCAAAAAUUUGUUUAAAGGUGUGUACUAGUAUGAAUUAUGUUGUGUAUUGCAAUAAAAACUAUUGUGGGUUUUGUAACAA